GUCUAGGACGGCUCGGGAACUUUGGUCCUCGGCAGCCUCCGUCCAGGGAAAGUGCGGAAGGAGAUCCCGGGCCUGGGGUCGCGGAACCGGCCUCGCGGUCCAGGCUGGAGAUGGAGUUCGACAACGAGGCUCUCAGGCGACUCCUUGGCAAGUACAAGUUCAGGGAUCUAACUGUGGAAGAACUGAAGAAUGUAAACAUGUUUUUCCCGCAUUUCAGAUAUUCCAUGGAUACCUAUGUUUUCAAAGAUAGUUCCCAGAAAGACCUACUGAAUUUUACUGGUACUAUUCCUGUGAUAUAUCAGGGUAAUACAUAUAACAUACCUAUUCGUUUGUGGAUUUUGGAUUCUCACCCUUUUGCUCCCCCCAUUUGCUUCUUAAAGCCAACUGCAAAUAUGGGAAUCUUAGUUGGAAAGCAUGUGGAUGCUCAAGGCAGAAUAUACUUGCCCUAUCUCCAAAACUGGAGCCAUCCUAAAUCUGUCAUUGUUGGAUUAAUUAAAGAAAUGAUUGCCAAAUUUCAAGAGGAACUUCCCCUGUAUUCUCUGUCAUCAUCUGACGAGGCACGGCAGGUAGACUUGCUAGCCUAUAUUGCAAAAAUUACUGAAGGUGUCUCAGAUAUAAAUUCAAAGAACUGGGCAAAUCGUGAGAAUAAAACAGUCAAUAAAAUUACCGUGGUUGGAGGUGGAGAAUUGGGAAUUGCCUGCACAUUAGCAAUUUCAGCCAAAGGCAUUGCAGACAAACUGGUCCUUUUAGACUUCUCAGAAGGGACCAAAGGAGGGAUGAUGGACCUUGACAUCUUCAACCUGCCUAAUGUGGAGAUCAGCAAAGAUUUGUCUGCCUCUGCUCAUUCCAAGGUGGUGAUCUUCACAGUCAACUCUCUGGGUAGUUCUCAGUCCUACCUCGAUGUGGUACAGAGCAAUGUGGACAUGUUCAGAGCCCUUGUCCCAGCUCUGGGACAUUAUAGUCAGCACGGUAUCCUGCUCGUUGCAUCUCAACCAGUGGAAAUCAUGACCUAUGUGACUUGGAAACUGAGUGCAUUUCCUGCAAACCGAGUGAUUGGAAUUGGGUGCAAUCUGGAUUCACAAAGAUUACAAUAUAUUAUUACAAAUGUCUUGAAGGCACAGACUUCAGGAAAAGAAGUAUGGGUUGUUGGUGAGCAGGGAGAAGACAAAGUGCCCAUAUGGAGUGACCAAGAGGAAGUAACAAAUCAUGACUCUCAGAUACAGCUGUCCAACAGGGCCAUGGAACUAUUAAGGGUAAAAGGUCAAAGAUCAUGGUCUGUUGGACUAUCAGUAGCUGACCUGCUUGACAGUAUUGUGAAUGAUAAAAAGAAAGUACAUUCUGUAUCAGUUUUAGCAAAGGGAUAUUAUGAUAUAAAUAGUGAAGUGUUUUUAAGUUUGCCUUGCAUCCUUGGAACGAGUGGAGUGUCUGAAGUCAUCAAGACCACAGUGAAAGAAGAAACAGCGACUGGGAAACUCCAGAGCAGUGCAUCCUCCAUCCAUGGUCUCCAGCAACAGUUAAAACUUUGAUUCUAAAGCUCAGAGUUACCUGAAAGGAAAGGUGGUUUAAUUUUACCAACACAUAUAUAGAGGGUGGAGAACUUCCGUAUCUUACUGUUUAUCCUUACAACCUGCUUGGUUAAGGUCAGUGGUUCUUGGUUGGCUUUUUAAUUUAAAUCCUUAGGUAGUUAGAUGAGAAGGAAAAAAAUCUAAUUUUCUCUGUUCUUGAAAUCAUCUGUACUGUUCUUUAAACCUAAGCAGAGAUAAACAUUCAUCUGCGAUAUACAUCAUUUAAAAAUUACGUAUCCUCAAUUAGCACAUUCAGCACUUUGGGAAUAUUUUAAAAAUCAUGACUUUUUACAAGAAAAUUACCCUUUAACAGUUACAGUAAACAUCAUAAGCUGAAGGCCCAGUGUGUGUUUCAAAAUCUGUGCUAGCUCUACGUCAAAGGAUCUAGUUUAUGCUGUUUACAAUUCUUCUUUAAAAUAAUGUUGGUAAAAAGCAUAACAACAAACAAUAAAGCAUUUUGUUUUCCCUCUUCAAAUUAAUUAGCUACCAAAAAAUGGAAAAGAACUAUACACAUACUUUUUUUUUCUUGUACACAUACUUUAAUAUAGUAAAAAGGAAAAUGAAAAUUUUACAUAUAUGAACAAGAAGUGUAGUUUAAUAUCCAGCAGGACUGUCCUUUCUGCAGUUUUCUAUCAUCUCUUCUGGGCUAUAUAAGAUUUCCAACAUCUCAAGAACACACCAUGCCAUAAGUAGAGCCAUAGAGACAUGCAUAUUUUUAUAUGGAAAUAGGUUAUGAAUGAAAGCCAAGCAUUUACUUUAAAGCUAAUAUAUGAGGCUUUUGUAAAGGCAUUGGUCUUACUGGGAAGAGGUUGAAUGGGCUGAUUUUUCUGAGCAUAUUCUUUAACUACUCCUGAAGAAAUGAUUCAUGGUGCAUCCUUUAACUACUCCUGAAGAAAUGAUUCAGGGUGCAUCUUUUAACUACUGAAGAAAUGAUUCAGGGUGCAUACACUUUGGUGGUGGGUAAAUAACAUCUUCACAUGUGAAAGACAGCAUAUUAGGAAUGUGACACAUAACUAAUAGCAGCAGCUGGCAUCAACACUUCCAAUAUUCCAGGCAGUGUGAAAAGCACUUUAUUGUUUUACUCCUCAGGAUUAUUUAUUAAUCCUCACAGUAACCCACUGGGGUAGGGACUAUUACCAUAAUCUUGUAGAGGAGGAAAUUGAGGUUUAAUGGCCAAAAUCUCAUGACUAAGGGACACUUAUCCAUACAACCUCUACUUUUUCUAAACUCUAGAAGAGGAAAAAAGCCUAAGAGUCAAAAUAGUUAAAACAAGACCCUAAAGCUGGGGUCUGUACUGUUACAUUCUUCAUGUAGGGGCUUUUUUUCUUCAACAUUAUUUUUUAGAAACACUGAUUCUUUGACUUCCCUUAGCAAAUAGCUUGGGAGGCGAGCUGUAUGCACUGUAGUAGGUGUUUAGUUAUUUAGUGAUUCAGAUAGUCUAGACUUGGAGCCUGCUAUGCACCGGGUGCCGUAUUAGGCACUGCAGAUACAAUGGUGAGCAAACCCUGGACUAGGUACAGGCCCCCACGGUGCUUAUAGUCUAGUACAGGGACAAAUCUCACAAAUAAAUGUACAGUUCCAAGUGUGGUACUGUAAUAUGAAGAUGUCCCAGGUGCUUUGAAAGCAUAUUAUAGGUGAACCUAAACCUGGUCAGUGAGAUGGAAGCCAAUGGAUUAUAAGAGCAGACACAUUUUAGGCAGAGAGGAAGUAGUUAAACUAAUGCUGAUUUAGCAUAAUAAUGGAUGCUUAUAAUGAUGAGCUUAAAUCAGAAAGGGAAGGUGAAAUUUAUUCAAUGUUCCAUGUUUAAGAAAAAAGAAAAGUAUUUAAUAUGCUUGGGAAGGUGUAAAAACAUUGGACAUUUGAAGAAAUGAGCAUUAGUUCUGUGUAAUUUCACUACAUGAAUAGGUUAUUUUGGUGUUAACUGUAACAGUGUAUCCUCACUGUCCUUUUGUAUGAAAUAGGAAAGUAAAACUAAAAGGACCAUUGCUUGUGUUUUUAUACUAGCCUUUUCUAAUACCAGAUACCUAAUUAUGCUCUUGAACAAUAACCUGAUUACAAUAUACUAUAUAAAUAGAGGAAUUGCUAAGAAUUAACUGCAUUGUAAAAGAAACAUGUCUGUACAAUAUUUACUGACUGUACUGUUACUCCAAGCACUGUGUUAGAAUGAGUAGUCAAAGGUGAAUAAUAAAAAAUUGGGGGUGGGGUGGGGGAGGGAAUAAAAAAGCAAAAAGAAAAAAAGAUGAAUAGUUAUAGUUCUUGCCCUGCAGAAACCCACAAUACAGAAGUAAUUCUUGCACAUAUUUUCUUGAGUGUUGAGUAUUAUGAAUCACAAAUAAGUUAAGUAGUACCACCACCAUCUCAGUGUGAAUUGGUGAUAAUUUGACAUUCAUGAUGUUUCUGUUAACCUUCAUUUUUUUUUCAUCUUUCCAAAAUCAUGCAUUCCCUCUACUUGUUAUGGUUUUUAAUGGGGCUUGGAUUAAAAUACUUCUUUGAUAUUGUAACACAUAAAUAUUUUAUUUUCCAACUUACAUUGUAUCAAAUAAUUAUUAUUAAAUAUCAAGAAUAAUGAAUAAAAUAAAUUUUGACUUGAAAAUUA